AUCUUCACACCAAAUUAAACGUUUCGCCCGCGUCAGGUAUCUGAAGUUUCCUAGCCGGUGGCACUAUCUCUGGUUAUUGUUCGGUUUCCAUUUAUUUUGCGUUAGUUAAUACAAAUCUCCAACAAAAUGUCGUUCAAAGCGAACACGAAGGUCCAAAAGGUGAUGGUCCAGCCCAUCAACUUGAUUUUCCGAUAUUUGCAAAAUCGCUCCCGCGUCCAAGUGUGGUUGUAUGAAAACAUUUCUCUGCGGAUCGAAGGACACAUCGUUGGAUUCGAUGAAUACAUGAACCUCGUCCUGGACGAUGCGGAGGAGCUACAUAUGAAGACGAAGAACAGGAGGAGUCUCGGCCGGAUAAUGCUGAAAGGCGACAACAUCACGCUCAUUCAGAAUGUAAACCCACCGUCGAAGGAUUGAGGUUAGCUGUGGGAAGUAUCUGAGUUGCUGGGAUCCUGAUGAAGUGCCGGAUGCUGCGCCAAUUGUUUGGGUGGAUUCCUUCCGCUGCAAGGAAGGAUAUUGUUUAAUGCACUACUUACCUACCUUUGUAAAUUAUUCAAAACUGAGUAGAAUAAUAAGAAUUUUUCAUAAAAGA